CACACAUCAGCGCACGGUGCUUUUGCUACGUUGCAAGAAGAUGGAAAGGGCGGAUAAAAAACACAACACUGACGAUGUGCACUCUGGUGGCGUAUAAGUGCACUGUCAACUCAUUCUCCGCAUAUACACACAUACACUAAGUCCUUCUUGGAAAUUCUAUUCUGGUUCAACACACACACACACAAACACAAAAAUAAACUUUCCUCCUUUUCCCACCAUCAUUUCCUGUCUUUUCCAUCAAUAUACGUAGAUUUGAUCUUUUGUUCUCUCUUCUACGAUAUACAUUUAUAAACCAUCAUGUCAAACCAUCUUUCCACACCUUCUAAUGGGCCACCAAUCAAGGCAUCGCGCACUCGUGGCGCUUCGCACAUUGACUUCAAAUCAGCCACAACUGGUGUGGCAGCAAAGGCAAUGCGCAAUGAAUUGAACAAAUUGGUCGCUGGCAUCGAAGAACCAGUGGCUCGCAAGGCAUUCGAUGCAGAAAUGUCAUCUUUCUUCACUUUGUUCAACCGUUACCUUGCUUCCCGUGCAAAAGAUGAGAAAUUGGUCUGGGACAAGGUUAAAGCACCUGCACCACAACAAAUCACACCUUACGAGCAAUUACCUCAAGCAAACGAUCCUUCUUUGUUGAACAAAUUGGCCGUAUUGAAAUUGAACGGUGGUUUGGGUACAACAAUGGGCUGCACAGGUCCAAAAUCCGUCAUUGAAGUUCGUGAAGGAAUGACAUUCUUGGAUUUGAGUGUUCGUCAAAUUGAACAUCUCAACUCCUCCCACAAUGUCAACGUUCCAUUCAUCUUGAUGAACUCUUUCAACACAGAUGACGACACAGCAAGAGUCAUUCAAAAAUACGCAAACCACAAUGUUGAAAUCUUGACAUUCAACCAAUCACGUUACCCACGUAUCAACAAAGAGAGCCUUUUGCCUUGCCCUCGCAGUGCAACAAGCGACAAGAGCCUUUGGUACCCACCAGGACACGGAGACUUGUUUGAUGCCAUGUACAACUCCGGUCUCUUGGACAGAUUGAUUAGCGCUGGAAAGGAAUACGUCUUCGUUUCCAACGUUGACAACUUGGGUGCUGAUGUAGACUUGAACAUCUUCCAACACAUGGUCGAAACUCAAGCUGAAUUCAUCUCUGAAGUGACAGAUAAGACAAAGGCUGACGUCAAGGGUGGUACUUUGAUCGAUUACGAAAACACUAUUCGUCUUUUGGAAAUCGCUCAAGUUCCAAGCGAACAUGUUGAAGAUUUCAAGAGUGUGAAGAAGUUCAAGAUUUUCAACACAAACAACUUGUGGCUCAACUUGAAGGCAAUCAAGCGUGUUCUUGAAAAUGACGAAUUAGAUCUUGAAAUCAUUGUUAACAACAAAUCUUUGCCAAACGGAGAGGCUGUUAUCCAAUUGGAAACCGCCGUUGGUGCAGCUAUCAAGCAUUUCCGUGGAGCCAAGGGUGUCAACGUUCCCCGUUCUCGUUUCUUGCCUGUCAAGUCAUGCAGUGAUUUGCUCUUGAUCACAUCUGAUCUUUACAGACUACAGCACGGAAGCUUGCGCAAGGACCCCUCGAUCGAAUUCAACACACAACCUGUUGUCAAAUUGGGACCACAUUUCAGCAAAGUUGCACAAUUCCAAUCAAGAUUCAAAUCUGUGCCAAACAUGAAAGAAUUGGAUCAUUUGACCAUUUCUGGUAAUGUGACAAUCGGCAGAAAUGUUACCCUUCGUGGAACUGUGAUCAUUAUUGCGGUUGAAGGAUCUUCAAUCCACAUUCCUGAUGGAUCUAUUUUGGAGAACAAGCUAUGCUCAGGAAACUUCAGCAUUAUUGAUCACUAAGUGGCUCGCAAGAUCAGCUUCUUGUGUUCACAAUUUCUUCCGUCUAUGACUCUUUUUUCUUAACUUAGAGUAAUGUGUCGAGAUAACUUUUAUCGCAUCAAAUCAACUCUUUUCUAUAAAGCAUACUGUUACAUACAUAUAUAUAUAUAUCGUUCAUGAUUGAUCACGAUUAUACUUCCGGGAGCCCUC